UUCCGUGACGCCAUUUUGUUCUAAGGUUCAGAACUGAAAGAAGUAGAAAGAGGACUGGAGAGGAGCGACAUGUGUGUUCUUUUGUGGGAGAACGAAUAUUGAACACUUGCUUAAGUAAUUCUGGUAACUAAUCGUUAUUUUGUUGUUUUUUAUGCAGUGUAAUAAUUUUAUCAAUCGUCAUUUCAGUUUUUAAUACGUUAAACACAGUUCACCUUAUGUAAUGCUAUCCUAUCGUUAGCUUGCUAGCUAACAUUUCCUAGGCCUGAAAGCCCUUUCAAGAUAACAUUUGGUCUGUAGCUCGCUCGCUAGUUAGCUGUGAUGUUUCAAUCAGAAAGCUUAAUGUCUGUGGAAAGUUGGACUAACUACUUGAUAUUGAUAUCUAUCUAGCUAGCUAAUGGGUUGUUGGCAUGGUGGUGUUUGUUUGAUGGCUAGCAUUAGCUAUCUAACUAGCGAGAUACAGUCCCGUCUUAGUAUUUUUUUAGCUGGCUAACGUUAUCAAAGUGAAACAUAAAUACAGUAGCCUAUCUAAGGUUAGCUAACUGACUACAACCAAAAAAAACAGUAUUGGUUUGCUGAUAAACGAACAAAAUUGAGUCCAGAGAGUAAUCGUUAGCGUCACCUUGCCAUCCGAGACCCUUUUUUUAAUUCAAAUUGCCGUGUAGCACUAACACUAACAUUGUGCGCAAUUGUGUGUUACAGUACCGCGGAUGAUUCAAAACGCAUAACCCUCAGUAAUUUCUGGUAAACCGCCCUGUUGAUUUCUUUUGUUUUCGUAUCUGUGAUCUAUUGUUUUUUUUUAAGCCUGUUAUCUGUUGAGAGAUCUAUAUGAGUAUAGGAAGGUUAUCUAUAGUUCCCUAACGUCCAUUUUCCUUGUUUGGCUGGUUACACGAAACAAUAAAAAUAACGUAAAUUACACUACAUGGUCAAAAGUAUGUGGACGCCGCUUCUAAUUAGUGGGCUGUAUUGCUUCAGCCUCACUCGUUGCUAAUAGGGGCAUAAAUAAAUAAAUCAAGCAUACAGCCUUGCAAUCUCAUUAUCAACCAUUGGCAGUAGAAUGGGUCGUACUGAAGAGCUCAGUGAAUUUCACCGUGGCACUGUCAUAGGAUGCCACCUUUCCAACAAGUCGGUUCGUCAAAUUUCUGCCUUGCUCGACAUGCCCCCGUCAACUGUAAGUACUGUUAUUGUGAAGUGGAAACGUUUGGGAGCAACAAGUGCUCAGCCACGAAGCGGUAGGCCGCACAAACUCACAGAACGGGACCGGCGGGUGCUGAAGCGCGUAGCGUGUGAAAAUCGUCGGUCCACAGUUGCAGCACUCACUACCAAGCUCCAGACCGCCUCUGGGAGCAACGUCAGCACGAGAACUGUUCGUCGGGAGCUAAACGAAAUGGGUUUCCUCGGCCGAGCGACCACGCAUGAGUCUAAGAUCACCAUUCGUAAUGCCAAGCGUCGGCUGGAGUGGUGUAAAGCGCACCGCCAUUGGACUCUGGAGCAGUGGAAACGCGUUCUCUGGAGUGAUGAAUCGCGCUUCACUAUCCGGCAGUCUGACGGACAAAUCUUGGUUCGGCGAGUGCCAGGAGAACGGUACCUGCCGGAAUGUGUACAGCCAGCUGAAAAUUUUGAUGGAGGAGGGAUAAUGGUCUGGGGUAGUUUUUCAUGGUUUGGGCUAGGCCCCUUAGUUCCAGUAAAGGGAAAUCGUAAUGCUGCGGGAUACAGUGACAUUCUAGAGAAUUGGGUGCUUCCAACAUUGUGGCAACAGUUUGGGGCAGGCCCUUUCCUGUUUCAGCAUGACCGUGCCCCCAUGCACAAAGUGAGGUUCAUAAAGAAAUGGUUUGCUGAGUUUGGUGUGGAAGAACUUGACUGGCCUGCACAGAGCCCUGACCUCAACCCCAUCGAACACCUUUGGGACGAAUUGGAACGGCAACUGCGGGCCAGGCCUUGUUUCCCAACGUCAGUGGCCGAACUCACUGAUGCUCUUGUGGCUGAAUGGAAACGAAUCCCAGCAGCCAUGUUCCAAAAUCUAGUGGAAAGCCUUCCCAGAAGAGUGGAGGCUGUUAUAGCGGCAAAGGGUGGACCAACUCCAUAUUAAUGGCCAUGGUUUUGGAGGUGUUCGACAAGCCCAUAUCAGUGUGCUGUUCGGGUGUCCGCAUUCUUUUGGCCAAGUAGUGUAGCUAGCCUAGCUAGCCAAAAGAAUGUGGACAUAUAUGACUAAAGGUAUCUGGACAACUGUGAGUCAGGCCUAAUUGCUCAGUCAGUGCCCAACCUCAUUAAUGCUCUUCUAGCUGAAUGGAAGCAAAUCCCUGCAGCAGUGCUCUGUCUAGUAUAAAGCCUUCCCAGAAGGUUGUUGUAGCAGCAAAGGGUGAACAAAGUCCAUAUUAAUGGCCAUCAUUUUUGAUGAGAUGUUGGAUGUCUGGUGUCCACAUACUUUUGGACAUGUAGUGUACAAGCUUUCUUUCGCUGGUUUGCUAGCAUAAUGUCAUGGUCUUGCUAGCUAACUUUAUGGUUAACAUUCGUGAUAAUUAGUUCUAGCGAUAUUUACAAAUUGACAAACAUCGUGUCUUUGUUUAACGGGGAGAGGGAAAAAACAAUUUCUCCAGGCCUUUUGAGAUGGGGUUUUCCUUGCACGACUCGUUCUAAUAUUAGGAAAACAUGGCAGUAUGGCAGUGUAUGAGCUUACAUCCUCCCAAAUUCAAAACGUGGCAAAUUGUUAUUAUUAACAAGUUACUUUUAACAAUGUUGCUGUGUUUAGAAGGGAUUAUUUACUUGUAAACUACACUAUUGUGCGUUUGCAAGACAAAUUCCCUGCCAUUUGCUAAAUUCUGUAACUGAAUGACAGCCAAGUAAAAUCAAUGCCAUGCUGCUUUUUAAAAAGGCUUCAUGAUCCAAACAAAUUCUAAUGUCUCUCUUUGUGAAACUGUCUCAUUGCGAACCUGUGAACAGUGUGAAACAGUUGAGUGAGAUAUUGGAACUGUGUUGUCCUGUUUGACUGCAAGGUAGUAUUCGUGUUGCCAACAGUUAAAGUGUUGGGGAGGUGUUUUUUCUUUUUUCUACAUGUAGGUUAAAGAAGCAACGACUUCUACAUCCCCGAAGAUCACUGGAUUCAGAUAGAAUUAAUGUAAAAGGAAAAAAAAAUAGAUACCCAGAGGACGGCUGUUUUUCACCCUUUUUUGAUUAUUUUGUUUGGCCUCAGAAGCGUGUCCAGCUUCACCCUUCCCCUUAGUUCCCUCCCCACUAUAAGAAGAAAUAGAAGAACUUUUUUUUUCUCUCCACUUCAAUUUUUCAUGCCCCCAAUUUUUUUCCCCUUGGCUGUCUUCUGGCAUUACAUCCAUAGAGAAGAGAUUUCUGCCCACCCCCCACCCCACCCCCCCCCACUACUCCCAUUCAUUAAAAAAAAAAAUUAUUAAUAAAAAGGAAAAAAAAAAGGACUUGGCCACACCCAUCAGCAUCUAGUGAUUGACAGGCUGAGGGUGAAGGGAACAGGCAAGCUGUUCAGAGGAGGGACGUAGGACGCGGGAGUCUCCUUCCGGGCCUUUUCCCUCUUAACUCACGGACUGAGUCUUCCUUCAGGACUCCCCAAGGAGGCACCUCUGAAGUGCAGCAAGAGAAGGGGGACACCUGCUCCACCACUCCAGCAGAGAAGCGCCUGUGGGGUCAAAGGUCGUUGACCCCGGAAGACUGUGACCCGGAGUUCCGCCCGGCCUGCUGCAGAAGAGCACCAUCGCUUUUUUCGGCCUGGCUAUGACUAACCACGGAGAUGACUGCUACUUCUUCUACUACUCCACCUGCUCCAAGGGCGACAGCUGCCCGUUCCGGCACUGCGAGGCGGCCAUGGGCAGCGAGACCAUGUGCAGUCUGUGGCAGGAGAACCGCUGCUUCCGCAAGGUCUGCAAGUUCCGGCACAUGGAGAUUAAGAAAAAGCGCAACGAGAUCCCCUGCUACUGGGAGAACCAGCCGGCCGGCUGCCAGAAGUCGCACUGUGCCUUCCACCACGAGAAGCCUCGCAUGAUCGACGGCGUGUUCGUCCCCCCCAGCAGAGGUCCCGCCCUGAAGAGGGAGGUCGAGGAGGAGCCGGCUCCCGUGGCGGACCCGGCCUCUCCGGCCCCCGCGCCCAUCGCCAACCCCGCCAACCCCCAGCUCCGCGGGGUCAUCAAGGCCGACACGCUGGAGAACGUGCCCAGCCCCACCCACCCCCCGGUGGUGAUCAACCCCGCUGACGAUGAGGACGAAGAUGAAGACGAUCAGUUUUCUGAGGAAGGGGAGGAGAGCUCGUCCAGGAUUGUGUCGCCUAGGAAACUCCUCUCCGGCGGCAACAAAGAUGAUUCCUUAAACUUUGGCAUAAGAACUCUUGAAGAAAUCAGACUGAGGAAAGCACUGAAGGCGAAUCUAAAGAAAGCUGGUCAGAGCCCCAGCAGCCUGUCCCAGGGCACCGGUCAGACCCCUCCCUUGGGUCUCCAUAGCAACGGGACCAGUGGGGAAAAGGAGAACAUCAGGUCCUUCAUACGCCCUUCCCAGUUCAGUGCCAAAGAGGAUACCCCCCUACAGAUUGAGGAUCCGGUGAAACGGCACAUUGCCGAGCGGCUCGGAAAGAGAAAGGCCAGCCUGCCUGCAGAGCAGCACUUCGUUGUGAAGAAAGAUCUGCCCGUGGCUAGCGAGCCGCCACUGAAGCGAACGCUCGCCGAGCGCCUCGGAAGAAAGUUGGACUCUCCGGAAGACGACGCGGACACCCCCCCGCGGAAAGCGGUGAAGCCUGUGAGGGAUCGGCUGGGCCUUCCUGCGGAGCCUGCAGCCCCUGACAACGAGAGGGAGGUGCAGGCAUCUGGAGAGAUCCGGAUCAAAACUCUGGAGGAGAUCCGGCAGGAGAAGGCGGCCAAGGCCCACAGGCAGGAGAAGGUGGCCAAGGCCCAGGGGCAGGAGAAGAUGGCCAAGGCCCAGGGGCAGGAGAAGGCAGCCAUGGCCCAGGGGCAGGGGCCCGGGACGGCUGUCACCAAGGCCCCCAGCCCCGCGAAGAGGAGCGCCAAGCCUCCAGCCGGCGUUCACGUGAAGACCUUCUCGGAGGUCCUGCACGCCAGGAAGAGGCAGCAGCAGGAGAAGGAGGCGCAGCGGAAGGAGGCCGGCGAGGAGCCGGGGAAGCCCGAGGCGCCUCCGCAGGAGGAGGUCCCGGGAAAGAAGGCCCGGGCCCAGCCCCAGCCCCAGCCCAGCGAGGUCCGGGUGAAGACUCUGGAGGAGAUCCGCAAGGAGAAGGCGGCGCGCGCGCAGGCCAGAGAGCAGGAAGUGAAAACGGAGGAGCCCUCUGCGCCUCCCUCCGCCCUCCCCAAGCGGAGGAUACUGCGCAUUAACAAGACGACAGCGGCCGGAGCAGACAAUGGCAGUAAUCCAAACACUCCCGAGGCCACAGAGAAGCCCCCUGGGCCUGUCACUGCAGAGAACGGUGCUGCUAACGGCAGGCAGGACUCUCCCGGCCAGACUGUGAAGGUGAAGACCUUCGAGGAGAUCAUGCAGGAGAAGAGACUCCGUAAGCAGCAGGGGGAGCAGGGGGAGCAGGGGGCGGGGGCAGAAGCGGGGGGGUCCUCCAGCCCGCCGGAAGAGUCCUCGCCCCCCUCUGCUCCGAAACCGGUCCCCGCGGCCUCCCGCCCCCAGAGGGCGCUCUCCACGCUCCGACAGAGGGCCGGCACCACCUCGCAGCCCGCCUCACCCCCCGCCCAGCCAGAGGCCACGCCCACAAUCGGCCGCCCACGCGUCGCCCUCAGACAAAAGGAGUCCAGUCCCGCCACGCCCGCUCCCGCCACUGUGCCUAAACCCACGCCCACUCCAGCCUCGGGGCGGGCCCAGGCCCGGGCGGGGUCCCCCUCUGCCAGUGCCGGGGGCGUAAACUCUCCCCCCGCCGAGCAGAAGGCCCCGCCUCCGGCGCCCGCGGCAGCCCUGGGGGAGGAGCCUGCGCCUCCCGGCCCGGCCCAGGAGGAGGAGCCACAGCCGGAGAGGACGCAGAGUCCCGCCCCCAGAAGGUCCCCUGUGCAGACGGCAGAAACCAAAGUGAGACCCAAGUUGAAUGUGAAGCCAUCCGUAGUGAAGGCAGCCUCCCAGGUGAAGUUGGGCCAGAAGAGGAAAGCAUCGGAGAGUCAUCGUUCUGCCGUGGCGGCAGUGAAGCCUCUCAACAGCGCCCCCGCUGCAGUGGAGGACCAGCCCCCGGAGCCGUCCUGCAAGCGCGCUGACGUGAAGGCCCCGGAGACGGCAGCUCCAUCGGUGAGCGUGGAGGCCGAGGCGCAGGCCCGCCCUCCGGGUCCCAGGCUCUCCUCCCCAGCCCCCGGCGGCACCUCUGAGACGGAGCUCCACAGAACCGCCAACGCAGAACAGAGCCCCGCCCCCACUGCGCCGGUCCUCUCGCCCGCUAAAGAGCCUCCCGCUGCCCCUCAGAGCUCCCCGGCGGCGAAGGCCCCAGUCCAGCCCAAGCCUCGGCGGCAGAGCACGGCCGCUACGCGGGCCCCCGCCGCGCUGGACGACCUGGACGAGCUGAUGAACGAGUUCGCCGACGACCCGCUGGACGGCGAGAUGGAGCUGGACCCCGGCAAGGACGAGGACGACCUCCUGCUGGAGCUCUCGGAGAUGAUCGACAGCUAGGGGACCGGCCCUGGAGUUUGGGCAGCGAGAGGGAGAGCCUUCUCUGCAUCCUGCAUCACCUGGGAAUGAGAUUAGGUUUAACACUGAUCCCCCCCCCUCUCACUUUAACGUUUGGACUGGACAGAGAAGGUGUUCUGGUUCCCCUCCAUCAUGGAUCUGUUUCCUCUCUGGGAUUCUUCCCGUGCUCUUUCUCUGUCUGAGGCAGGAUUGUGUGUGUAGGCUGUUCUCUUUCCUCCAAAAAAAAAAAAAAGAAACAAUUAUGUAAAUGCAAUUUUAUUGCGACUUUAAGAUGUGACUUUGUUUUAAAUUUUUACCGUUUUCACAGUCGUAUUCGUAAUUACCUCUCUCUCCGGUUUCUGCGCAUUUUAACAUUUAAAUGCAGAGACUAUGUGUUCCCAGAGGGAAUUUUUAUAGUCCGUAUAUUAAAAGGUUUAUUUUCUUUUCCUUUUUGCUUUAUCAUUCCUCAUUUGAAGUAGGGUAUAGAAAAAUGCGUUUGGCUGGAGAGGAGCGGUGUAUGCUCUGUAUUCUCUUGGGUUGCCAUAGAUGCAUUUUUAAGCUUUCCUUUAUUGUUCAGCAGAGAAAUGAUGUAAUUAUGACCGGUGUUGUGAACCAAGGUCGUUUUCUCUCGAUCACUGAAACCUGAGUAACUAAACUUUGGUCAUUUCUUGAGGUAGUUUGAAUGUUUUGAACCUGAUCGUUUGUACUACAUGUGCUGUCCUAGGUAUGUACGCUUGAGCCGAUUGUGAUAAGGAGAAUAUGAUUAGCAGCACUUGGUAAAGCCUGCACCAUGCCCUCUGAAGAUUUUCAGUUUCCCCAAGAAUACUGUAAAAUCUUUCUCUGAAGUUCCCCCCCAGUCUGUGGCUGUAAAUAGUCUUAUUUCUUAAAUUGAGCAUGCGUCUUUCCAGCUGAACCUCUGUAAAGCUAAAGAGACAAUCGAUUGGAUAAAAGCAUUGAGUAAUGACACUAUGGUCUGUAACCAGUGGAACAGUUAACAAAUCCUGUCAAUGUCAAAGUUUCCCUUAAAACUACAAUAACUUGUAAAUGUAAAAUACAUUUUCAUCAAGGCCAAAUCCAUGUUUUACACAGGUACAGCCUUCAGAUGUCAGCUUGAGUCCUUGAUUCAACUAUGAUAUGUCCUUUGGUUUGAGGUGGAAACUUGCCUUGACUUUGUGAAGACAUUGCUUCCGAAUUAUCUCUGGAAUCCCUGUUUGUUAAAAUCUAAAAUCAAAGGAUUUGUGAGACUGUAGAAUCUGAGUUGCAUGCAUUGCAAGAUGUCAAUUUAUGAAUGAACGCGUCUGCAUAUUGGCUUGUUUGGGUGUCUUGUAUGUAUUUUGAAUUAUUGCUCAUAAACCGUUCUGAGCGAUCUAACGAACUUUCAGCUGUAAAGUGCCACCCGGGACCGUCUUUUAAAGUUGCUUUUCAUUGUACUUGAUCACAGUAGAGUGGUGUAAUUAGCAUCAAGCCUAACAUAAAACCACGGCCUAUUAAAAUAAAAUGAUACAAUUGAGAAAUCGCCUCUCAGGGAAAUCUGUCUAAACCAUGUCUUGUCACACCGUUGAAUGGCCGUCACAUUCGUGCGGCUGCUGAUUUUCAGAGUUUAUUUUGGAAUUUCAUGUACUUUUUUGUUGUUGUGCUCCGUCAUGGAGAUACAAUAAUGUCUUAAGUGUAUGUUGUUUUGAGGGCGUUAUCGGAAGAACUUGGGCUGCUCCGUGGCUUUCCUUCUUUUAAAUGUCAGUCCAAUCAUUGUACAUCUCUGUGAAUAAUAAUAAAAACGUUUCUGAA